CCUUCGUCCACCACCAGGCGCUUAUAUAUCCCACAUAUCGCGCUCUGCACUCCGUCAUCCAUGGGCAACGAGCUCGACGACGUGGCCAUCUCCCUCUGGGCCCGCCCCUCGGACCCCAACUGGCACCGACAUCUCCCUUCCGCCGGCAUCCUCUUGCACGUCGUCUCCAUCGGCAUCAUCGAGCCCUGCCCGGACUUGUUCGAGUGCACGCAGUAUAUCGAGCGCACGCCCGACCUACGGUACAUAAUCGCGUGCGCGCGAAGGGAGGGAAAUUAUGAGCCGGUGCGCGAGGCAGGUGAGUGGGGUCAGGGAUUGUGAGAGAUCACGACCGGGAGUAGAGGGCAGCUGCUCUUCGCUCUCGAUUACUAUUCGAGAGCAACCUCUACUCGCGCAUGUCCACGAUUAGAGAGCGAUCACGAUUAUACUGACUGAAUAACAACAUGCCCAGCGCGUGAGUGGCUGGAAGACCUGGAGCGAUUGGGAAGAAGGACGAAAACGCGGGCCG